AAGACUUCUGUGAGUUGAUCAUAGAAAGUGUCAUCUGCAGACCGUCUGUUACCGACUUAGUCAUUAUAUCCACAUUGCUGAUGAUUAUUAAUCAAACCUCUCAUUGUGUAAAUAUUUUGUGAAAGUACCAAUAGUCAUCCCUACAAUAUUUUCACAAUUUCAAUAUUGUUUAAAUAUAAUCGGUUAAUGAUCUUUUAGGCUGAAUUCAUGGUGGUAACAAUUGCAUGAAAGGCACAAACUGGGCUGGGAGUGCUGUAAUGUUAGAUAAAUAUUGAGCCAGUUCAGUACCAGUGGAUGACACGACGUCAUAGAGAAGGAAAGUGUCCUAAAUGUGGAGGCUGACAGUGACAACAUAAUGGUGAGGGCAACCCUGAGUAUGGUAACACUACGGCAGCUCAUAGACAUGAAAAUGAUCCCGUGCAUCACUCUACACAGGAGGCUGACAUGUUUGCAUCAUACAGCAGGUGCAGUUCGAUGGAGGAGCAGCUAUAGACAAGCCCCCGUAUUGACAGCCACACCUGCUCGUGCCCUCAUAGAUGAACACAUCAGCGUUAAAGGACGUUUCCUGACACCACACUGUCCAGUUACAGUCUGUGCACAAAUGCACAGUGAAGAUGGGGACCUGUGGGAGUCAUUUGCCCACUAUAAUACAAAUGCAGAUGGUACUAUCAACUUGGCCAGAGAUCAAUCAGUCGGGGGUUCGUAUUUGGGCUGUGAGCCAAUGGGACUCUUCUGGGCACUACAGCCGGCUCUGGGGGGACGAGAAGGUUUGAGGCUGAGGAAAAAAAACGUAGAGACUCCAUACGUGGUGCACAUGUCCUUACUGGAGGGCCACGUGUCACCCAGUGAGCAACAGAGCACUGAGCUGGCUGCUGUGACUACUGAGCGCUGGUAUGUGGCACCAGGCGUAAAGAGAAUAGAUGUUCGCCAAAAUGGAGUUGUAGGAACCUUAUUCUUACCGCCCGGUCCAGGCCCGUUUCCAGCCAUGCUGGACCUGUGGGGAAUGGGUGGAGGACUAGUAGAGUACCGCUCCGCCCUGUUUGCAUCCAGGGGUUAUGCUAGCCUUUCCCUCGCCUACUUUGGGCACAAAGACUUACCUGCCCCACAGAAUAGCAUCAAUGUUGGUGAUGCAUAUUUCAAGUCAGCUUUCCAACUACUUCAAGAUCAUCAUCAGGUCUGUGCCAACAGAAUUGGGAUCAUUGGUCUCUCCUUCGGAGUCUACUUGACUCUUCGAAUUGCCACUGAGUACGGUGUCAAACCUUCCUGUGUGAUUUGUAUCAACGGACCAAUUGGAAGUACCAUCAGGCUCUCAGACUCAGAUGGCAGGUUUGAACAAUUUGAAAGUGACGAUAAAUAUUGGACAUAUGAUGACCAAGGCCAUGUCAGUUUUAGAGAUAUCUCCCUGCCUACAAACCUUUUACCUGAGACCAAAGUGAAGAUUGAGAAUGUUGCUUGUCCAUUAAUGUACAUAGUGGGUGAAGAUGACCUGAGUGCUUCAAGCAUUGAGAACGCAAACGUGAUCGAGGAGACUCUGAGAGCUGCAGGUAAAUCCCACCUGUUUACCCGUCUGUCAUAUCCCGGUGCUGGUCACCUGAUCGAACCGCCUUACUCACCAAACUCAAGAUCAUCGCUGUGGAGCGUUAAACCAAAAAAACUCAUCACUCUGUGGGGAGGUCACCUCGCACCCCACGCUGCUGCCCAGGAAGAUGCCUGGAAGAAAAUCCUGGAUUGUAUGGAAACUAAUCUGAGGUUAUGAGGUCUUGUUUUAUUUGAGGACUGCAGGACGUGUAUGUUUUGGUUUUUAGAUGCAAGCACCUCCUGCAACUGGCUUGUAACCACUUCAAAAACUCACAAUCUCACUCACUCACAUUUAACAAGCUGCUCCUCCACAAGGGGGAGACGUUCAGCCACUGUCAGAACAGGUCCAUUAACAUAUAUUACAUACAGGAGGGAAGUCAGCUCAGCAGUUUGUUAGUCCCAAACAUUUUACAUAUAGUUGCUACUGGCACCUGCAGUUGUGACACUCAACAAGUAGUUUACAUGCAACAAAAAAAAGUGAAUAUUAUCUUUGUCUUUUGACUGGAAACGUCACAUGUCUACACCAUGCUGUUGCUGUUACUUUUCUCGCUGGCAUCAGACAGGAAACGCAGGUCCAGAAAUACAGGUCUGAAUCAGCUGGCGCUGCAGCUCUGCAGUAUGCAAAUGUUAUAGUGAAUGAAUGAUUCUUUAUGUGUUGCUGUCAUGUAUAUAUUUUAUAUGCUGCACAAUCAAUUUAGCUGAUGUGGGUCAAAAUCUUCUCAAAUAGCCAGUAGUCAGUCCCACCAAAAAUAAAAUACACACUGUUUCUGUGUU